GAGGCCGGUUGUGGAAAAGACACUGGAUUGAACUGCUAGCUUUCUACAGCUUUCUACAGUCGCUGCUUAUCAACGGGCAAUGACUUUUGUAACUUUUGUAACUUCUAAAACGGCAAACAGGACUUUGGUUAAGAAGAGGACAACCAACAUCCUACUAGUUCUAUCGAUCGAAGUGUUUCGGGCUGCGCUCCCUAACCGGGAGAUAGCUAGCAAGUUGUACGAAUUAACUACCAGCAACUGCUAGCUCGCCAGUUAAAUAAAAAAGGACCCCUGGACUGGAAAGGCUGGUUACCCAGUAUGCCACCCAAGAAAGGCCCAACACCAGAGGAGGUCGAGGACAUAAAAACCUCCCUCGGAGCGCUGUGCGGAGACGUGGCCGCAGUCAGGGCGCAGCAGGAGCUGCUUCUGGGGCUUCUGGAGGAGGUAAAACAGCUACGCCUCCAAAAUGCCCAGAAGGACAGACGAAUCAUGGAUCUCGAGCGGCGGGUGGAUGAGCUGGAGCAGUACACCCGUACGAACGACGUGGUCAUCAGCGGUAUUAAAAUCAAGCCGCGCUCGUAUGCGCGCGCGGUGGCCGGGAACGUCGGGGAGCCAAGCGAUGAGGAGAACCGCUCGGUGGAGCAACAGGUGGCGUCCUUCCUCCAAAGCAAAGGGAUAGAGAUGGACUUGGAGCAUGUAGAAGCAUGUCACCCACUGCCCAGGAGGAGCGACAGACCGCCGGCCGUCAUUAUGAGAUUCGUCAAUCGGAAAAACAAGGUCGCACUGCUGAAACAAGGACGCAAACUGAAAGGCACGGACGUUUUCAUUAAUGAGCAUCUGACACGAAAAAACGCAGACAUCGCGAGGAAGGCAAGGCAACUGAAGAAGAACGGUAAAAUACAACAUACAUGGGUAACAAACUGCAAGAUUUUCAUCAAGCUAAACGGGACACCAGAAGAGGCAAAAGUACUGAUAGUGAGGAACAUGGAGGACCUGGACAAGUACAACUGACACUAAUGUAUCGAGCUUAUCACACAUUUGAUUUCCAUGUGUGACAACUG